UAGCUAACAUUUGGUAGAAAAAAAAGAGAAAUUAUCGAGUUCAGGUGUCCCACAUCACACUAAUUCACCCUAUAUGUGUAUGUGCUGUUUGGAAUAUAUAUCCACCAUGGAUUUGAAUAACAUCCUGUCGCAGCUGGACACUGCCAACGAAGAGGAGAUUGAGACGCUUCUGCUGCAGUUUAAUCGAGAGAACAGUCACACCUUCACUUUUAAUCAAAAGGAAGAAGCCUUGCGGAGUAAGCUGUGUCAGGGUGUGUUGACAGUGCUUGGCAGGCAGGUGCAGCCCAGCUGUCAGAGGACGUGUCUGGAGACACUUCGCAUCCUGUCCAGAGACAAGCGUGUCCUCGCACCGGUAGCCACCAGGGAGGGCAUGCUGAUCCUGGGUGGGAUGGCGAGGCUGCAUACUGGAGAGGAAGGAGGUGACAACCAGAAAACCCCUCAGGAAGACUCCCAGUCAGAGGAGGAGGAGAGGGUGGUGGUGGAGGCCUUGAAGUGCCUAUGCAACGUGGUGUACAACAGUUCUGCAGCCCAGCAGGUCAGUGUAGAGGUGCAGCUGGCAAAUGGCUUGUGUGCCAACCUGCGCACAGCACGCACAUGGCGCCACGAGGUGGGCCUGUUCACGCUGCGCCUUCUCUUCCUGCUGUCUGCCCUGCGAUCUGACUUGAGAGGGAGCUUGAGGAGAGAAUGGCAUGCGGUGAGACUACUGACAGAGGUGCUGGAGCACACCCUGGACGUACACUGGGUUGGUCCGUAUGAAGCUGCCCGUCCAGAUCCGCAGGCCUUGCCCAUGCCUGCAGAGGACAACGAGCGAGCAAUGGAAGCACUCAAAGCCCUGUUCAACCUCACGCUGUCUAAUGCUGGUGGUGAGGAGGAUGACCACCAGUUCCGACUCAUCGCUGCCAUCCUGCGUCACCUGUUGAUGCUAAAGACUGAGACAGAGGAGAAAACAGAGGAAGCACAUAGCCAUGCCAUUAACCUGCUGAAUAACCUGCCUGUGUCCUGCCUGGACGUGUUAAUCGACGUGCCUGUCCAGGGGGGACAAGAGAAAUAUGGCGGGAAAAACAUGGAUACGAUACAGGUGUUAAUUGACUUCAUGGAGAAAAGGAUUGACAAGCAGGGCUCCAACUACAAAGAGGGGCUGACUCCGGUACUCAGCCUUUUGACUGAAGGAUCUAGACACCACAGAGAGAUCCGCAGAUAUAUCAAAGCACAGGUACUUCCCCCACUGAAAGAUGUGAAGAUCAGGCCGGAGAUCGGCACUGCCAUUAGAAACAAGCUGGUUCGCCUUAUGACACAUGUGGACAUGGGUGUGAAGCAGACGGCUGCAGAGUUUCUCUUUGUCCUCUGCAAAGAGAGCGUGGACAACCUGUUAAAGUACACCGGGUACGGAAACGCAGCAGGACUCCUGGUGGCUCGAGGACUUCUGGCAGGAGGGAGAGGAGAGACUCAGUACUCAGAAGAUGAAGACUCAGACACAGAGGAAUACAAAUCUGCCAAACCUUUCAUCAACCCCAUCACUGGUCACGUGGAGGAGCCGAUGCCGAACCCCAUUGAAGAGAUGACCGAGGAGCAGAAGGAGUAUGAAGCCCAGAAACUUGUCUAUAUGUUUGACAAGUUGUCAAGGCAGAAUGUGAUUCGGCCCAUGGGCGUCCGGCCGGACGGGACGUUAGCACCUCUUGAAGAAACUCUUUGCGAUCCACCUGGAGACAACUCAGGAUCAGACUCUGACUAGUGCAUUGCACAUCUACGCCACUUUUUCCAGGUGAAGCCCACUGGGCCCCCAACAAAUUAAAAGCUGUGUCGCAUUUUAAGGGCUGGAUCCUUCAAAAGAUCAGGAAAGAUGGGUUCUGCAGAGGACCUGAAAGCUGGGCCGAACCCGUGCCUCCUUCUUAAAUGACUCUGUCACAGGAACAGAGUGUAGAGCUGUCACCAAAAAACCUUCACAGGUGCUGGAUCAAAAAGUCAGACAAAAGAUCCACACGCUCUACUAACAGCUCCCAAUAAAUUACUCUCUAUUAAAUUAAAGUGAAUGGCAGCUAUCAGAAGUGUGCAGAUCUUUUGUUGAACUUCUGUUCUCACAGAGACCAAAACCAAUAGUGGACUUAGGCUCUAAAUUGGUCGACAAAGUUUAGAUAACUGUGGUAACUUGUUCCAUGAUCACAUUAUGAGUUGUAACUUUUUACUGUAACAUGCUGAACAAAAAAUAGUGUAUCAAGUUGAAAAAAUAUAUCUAUAUUACUUUUCUUUAUAUGUACAUUUAUACCUGUCAUCUAUUAUUUUGACCAGGCAGUGUAAAUAAUGUGUGUGCUAUGGUCAAGUUCAAGUGAUAUUUACCUGUAAAUGAUGAACACUUCAAUGCAAACACAGAAUCUGGUAAAUGCGACGUUGUCAAUUGAUAUUUUACAAGUUGACAAAGGUCACUUGAAUGCGUCAUUAAACAAUUGACUGUUGAGAAAUUGAUUGUAGGACACUGAGGGCAAAAACUACACCAGUUGCCUCAAAGAAGGAAAUAGUAAGCCAAGCGAGGCUUCGUUUCUCAGCCUUAUUCAGAGGAGGUGUUGAAAUGGGACAGACCUACUGACCUCUGAGGAUCCAGCCCCUGAAGUGGGACACAGCUGAACAUUUCACAGGAGACUCCGAGGGGCCCCGUUGUAGCCGUAAGCCAUUCUCCAAAGCGGAAGUGGACUUAACACGUGGCAGGAAGACUUUGCAAUGGCACCACAAUGUGUAGGAGGCCUCCUUGGUUACUGUUGCACCUUUAUCAUUUAUUUUACCUUUCCUAAAUUGAGAAGAUAGACGUAAUAAUAUAAUUUUGAUGCAAUCAGGUGUAUCUCACUGAAAGCACUGUUGUCAUGGUUUGUUUAAAGUGUAAUUGGGUCUGAAUAAUCAUUCCUUAUCAUGUGCUUCUGUUUUUCACUUUGUUUUUUUUAGAUUUUCUGCUACAUGAUGAUUUUGUUCAGUCUUUGUAUUGCUAGAUGGUUAAACACACACACACACACACACACACUAAACAUGAAAUCAUAGUAAGAACUGUUCACGGUGAACCUUAAUGUCACAGCGCCUGUCCAGAGUGAACAGGAUUGAUGUAUAUUUAGAAAUCAGGCAGCGUCAGUGUGGAUAGUUUAAAGUUGCAGCUCAGAGUGAGUCUAUAUUGGCUGUUAUUAUCAGUGAAUGCUGCACGACAGUUAGUCCGUUUAUUUCUGAAUUCAGGGCUUGUUGCCUCACUUUUGUCUCACUGACAACAUGAAUACUUGUUUAAAUAGAGAGAUGCAUCAUGUUCCUGUGGUGGAUGAUGGUAAACAGAUUGUUUUCUACCUGUUGAGGACAAAGAAAUGUGCAACCUGAAGUGAUUGUUCUAUAAUCCAUGUACUUUUUGCCAAAUCUGCAUGAUGUUCAGUCCGUUCUCAGAAAUGCAAUUUUUUUCCUGGUUUUAUAUAAAUCCACAAGGAUAAUCUAUGUAUAAACAAAGUAAUAUUUCCUCAGUGAUUAAGUGUAAAGACUGCUGGUUGCUGAAGUCAGCUGCAUGGUUCGUGACGACUUCACAACAGCUUGGGUCACUUGAAACCCUGUUUUGGAUUACAGACUCAUUUGUUGUUAGAAAGUCAUUUUAUUGCAGAUUACAAUCUAGUGAAUUUGCCUGAAUAUUAACCAGAGAAAACCUUUUGUUGCAUUAUACAGGUUCACUUAUUAAAUAGUGAAUAAUCAUGAGCAUUUUUCACCUGACUUGUGAAUCACCUCCACUGGCCGCUCAUACAGGAAGAAUUAAGAUCAGUAAGAUAACAGGAAGAUUAAAAUAAUUUGGCUUCACAGAAUUUCUGACUCAACAUUUUGAGACACCCACCUGAAUUUCAUGUCACUAAUCGGAUGUUUGGAGCCAUGAAAGGUCAGAUAUGCAGAUGGAUUAUGAAGUAAAAAAAAAAAAAAAAAAAACAGUUGUGGCAAGGUGACAGAACAGCUUUAGUGCUCCAUGUCAUUUGAACUCUAUUAGAAGGAUGAAACACUAAAAAUCAAAGAUAUUCCUUCCAUCAUUUGGUAUUUUGAUGUUGUUGGAAAGCAACGUGUUAAAUCUCCCACAGAUUAACUGGGUUGAGUUCUGCUGACAGCAGAUGAACAUGAUAAAUUAUCAAACCCUUCAGUGACCACUUUGUUUCUUCUGAGCUCCUGUGUUGAUGCAUAUUCCCCCCGUCAUAGUGGGAUAUAUUGAAAUUGCAUGUUGAUCACCUCUCCAUCUGGAAAAAAUAUGUUAUGGGGAAAAAUGUUUUUGCACAAUUAAACACUGUAAAUAUCACCACACUUAUUUUAUGUAGUGAGGCUUCCACUGAACUGAAUAAACUGAAUAAAAGUUG